CUCUCGCGAGGUGCGCACACGCAACGCUCGCUGCUAAAUCAACUAACUUGAACGAGCCGAAAGCUGCCACAAAGCUAUCGCCAUGUAUCUGGAUACAAAAAACUUGACAGCUGGCUGCAGCAACAACAACACAACAGCAACAACAGCUUCAACGGCGCCCAAAACGGGGCGACGCAUGCGCAAAGUUUGGCAGCCGUUGCGACGACUGCUGACAGUGGGCGGCAAGGGCAGGCCCGCGUCUCAGCCCCAUCCCAACAAUGUGGAUCUCAACAAUACACAAAUGCUGCCGCCACUGGAGCUGCUGCACACAGAUGACAACGACAGCAAAGCAACGCCCGAUGAGUCUAUCAACAAGUUCGCCGAGCUGCGCCUGCAACAGGUGCACGAGGAGUUAACACAGACACCACCACCGCCCAAUACGCCCACGCUGAUAAGCAGCGUCUAUGUGGAGAAGGCCAGCACACAGAGCUGCAAUGCCUGCCAGCAUGGGCGCAACUGUCAGCACACGCAUCACACCACAACCAGCAGCAACAGCAGCAGCAACAACAAUAGUCACAACUUAACAGAAAAUGUAGCGGCCCAGUCCACGCCCACGCCCACGUCAACGCCCACGCUGUGGGACCUGCAGCUGCCGCUACAGUACAUUAGCACCGACAAUGGCACCUUCUUCUGGGCCAACACCCAGGAGCGCGUCGACGAUGAUCUGCUGCACGCUUGGCUCUGUCAAAGCUUUAGCCAAUUGCCCGGCACACUUUGUUAGCCCAGAGUCUCAAGUGUUGUUGCCCCUUGCAAAACCGAUAACAGAUCUCAUUUUGGGGUGUUCGUGACUGGAACUCAGCAUGACUCAAACAGCCAACACACACCUGAGGCCAAGCAUUGUGCACCCCAAAUUCUUAUUAGUUAUUUGUUCCCACAAUUAUUUAUUUCCUUGCGCAAUAUUUACUUUGUCAAUGUGAUAUCAAUUUGCAAAUAAAUGAAAAACUAUUGAAAUACAUGCCUACUGCGAAUUUUGAA